AUGGAGUUCGACGACGAAAUGGGUUAUGAUAUAGCAGGACCAGGCUCCUCGCGCUCAAGCCGCCGACCACCCCGCUCACGCUGUCAAGCACCCCAGGAAUCUGUGAAGCAGUUCUGGGAACAGUUCAACACCAAGUACCCGGGCAAAGUGUACACGGUAUUGCCGGACAAUCCGUAUGCACGCACGCGGGCCAAGCACGUACCAAGCGGCUGUAUCCAGGGCGACGAGGCCGUCAAAUCUUACGAGCAGGCGCGCCAGGAAUGCCAAAAGUCCGUCGACCGUAUUGUCAAGGAAUGCGAGCGCGUGAAUCAGAAAUAUACAGACCCCCAUUUCGAUAUCGAGCUAGACCUGAAGUGUGGUCGGAGACACUAUCUCGAUGGAUUGGAUAAAUCCAAUAACGAGUUCAGACCCCAGGGAGUUAAGAGAGUGUCCGAAAUAUUUGAGAAUCCGCAGUUCUUUGUCAAUGGACCAAGCGCGUCAGAUGUACGACAGGGAUAUGAUGGGGAUUGCUGGCUCAUGGCUGCGCUUUGUACUAUGGGAAAUAAGGCGGAGCUGAUCCAGAAGAUUUGUGUUGCUCGCAAUGAAGAGGUUGGGAUUUAUGGGUUUGUUUUCUAUCGAGACGGCGAGUGGCAGCAGUGCAUUGUAGAUGAUAAGCUCUAUCUCCGCGCUGCUGACUAUGAUGAGUCUGUGGUUGAACGACCCCUGUGGGACGACAUAAAUCGGAAUGACACGGAGGAAGAGUACCGGCGAGUCUGGCAAACAGACUCGCGCGCCCUAUACUUCGCGCAGUGUGUCGAUGAAAACGAGACUUGGCUACCUCUUCUAGAGAAAGCCUUCGCAAAGGCUCACGGAGACUAUUCUGCGAUCGAGGGUGGGUUUGUUGGUGAAGCACUCGAGGAUCUCACCGGAGGUGUAACGUCUGAGGUCCUAUCCAGUAAUAUCCUGAAUAAAGACCGCUUUUGGACCGAGGAAAUCAUGAAGGUCAACAAGGAAUUCCUGUUUGGUUGCGGGACAGGCCUGUUUUCAAACUGGUUAGAGCCCUCGUACCAGGGCCCACCGAGAGAUCGAAAGGGCAUCGCCGAGGGCCACUCCUAUUCCAUCAUGGAUGCCCGGGAGAUUGACGGACAUCGACUAGUACGACUGAGGAACCCAUGGGGUCGCAAAGAAUGGCACGGUGCCUGGGGUGAUGGAUCCAAAGAGUGGACACCAGACUGGAUGGGAAAGCUUGGCCAUAAAUUUGGCAAUGAUGGUUUCUUCUGGAUCUCUUAUAAAGACCUCCUCAGGAAAUACCAGCACUUCGACCGGACUCGCCUUUUCGGACUUGAAUGGACAAUUACCCAGCAAUGGACUACCUUGAAUGUUCCCUGGUCCGCUGAUUAUCACAGCACUAAAUUCAUGAUGGAUGUGACCGCCAGUGGUCCGGUAGUCAUUGUCCUAUCCCAGCUUGAUGCACGUUAUUUCAAAGGACUAGCCGGCGAGUACAGUUUCGUGCUCAAGUUCCGCCUGCAAAAGGACGGAGAACACGAUUAUUUCGUGCGCAGCCACAGCAGCCAUUUCAUGGGCCGAUCUGUUAACGCCGAGAUCGAUCUGGACCCGGGUCGCUAUUAUGUUCUGAUGAAACUAACAGCCUUCCGCCAUGAAGAUGCAGACUCCACCGAAGAAGUUGUCUGCCAGUUUGCCUCGACGAGAAGAGAGAAACUGGUUCAAGUCGGUCUUUCAUACGACCUCGCGCAUGCGAAGGGACUGGUUGGCGAGACAGAACAAGAAAAGCAGGCCCAGGAAAGUUUCAAGGCAGCCGAGCGGAGAAAGCUUCGCAACAAGAUUAAGAAAAAUAUGCAGAAGGAUUGGAUCCGCAAUCAGAAGCUAGUAGCUCGACAAGAGCGCAUGAAAGCAAGGUGCACUCCUAGCGGCAGCUCCUACGAUCACAACCCCAAGCGUGAUUAUGUCCCCAGCCAAAUUAUGGGAGAGAAACCAGUGAAAGAAUCUCCCAUCGAGGCAACAACUAUCUCGAGCGAAAGCGGUUAUUGCCGUAUCAACGGUUCCGUCCCGACCAUCCACGCCAACGGCGGCCAGGGCCUGCAUGCGGAACGUGCAAGCCGUGGCCAGCUACAUGAAGCCGACUCCCCACGUUCUAGUCUAGAUUUCCGCAUUGAUACAGAUGCGCUGGACCGGAGCGACCUUGAGUUACUAGAAGGGUUCGAAUUUGACAGCGAUCUCGAUAUGCCUCCUGACGAGGGCGAUUUGAAGAAUGACGCUCCAUCGAUGGGCGGUGAUGAGCCUCCUCUUGACCCUUGGAAUGCUGUGUGUGUGGUUGGACUACGGGUCUAUUCUAAGGAUCCCAUGUUGACCUUGCAGGUUGUGUGUCCUAUCCCCGAGGAUGACACUGAAGCUCCUCUGGAUCGAGACGACCCUGCGGCGUCGGCGACUACCUCUCAGUGA